AUGGUUGAGUGCAUUCUGGCGAAGAUACAACCGAAUCAUCCUCCACCGACAAUCCUCUCCAUCGAUCCACCAAUUCACGAAUUUUCCAAUGGCUUGAUCUUGAUGCACGAGUUCAUCACAAAAGAAGAAGAGGAAGAGAUGAUACGCGAAUACCACAUUGCGACCGCCUCUCGGGAUGGGCGCGUUCUCAAGCGAGGAGCAGUGCAUUACGGCCCGCACUUUGACUAUACCACCUUUGCCGUCUCCAAGUCGGCCAGCACACCGCCGCCUGAAUAUCUCACGCGACUGCUGAGUCGCUUGCCCGCCAGAGACGACAGGGAUAUCCCAGAUCAGUACACGCUGCAGCACUAUCCACCGGGCACGGGCAUACCUCCACAUGUUGACACGCAUUCGGCUUUCGAGGAGACCAUCUACAGUCUGAGUUUCGGCGCAUCGACACGCAUGGACUUCAAGCUGUGUGGAGAAAAAGAGUCCAGACGAUUGAGACUGCCGAAGCGAUCGCUUGGGGGUGGAAGCGAAACACCUCCGCCGCCGCCUUCUCCUCCUGUCGAGACGAUCGAGGAAAAGGCGGAAGAGUGGGAGCUAGAAUUGCCAGCGAGGUCGCUAUUGCUCAUGCGAGGACCCUCAAGAUAUGGAUAUACUCAUGGGAUCAAGGGCAGAAAGCACGAUCAGGCCGGUCCUAGAUUGGUCGCGAGGCAGGACCGGUACUCGUUGACGAUGCGCAAGAUCAAGCCGGCGGAGAGGAUUGGCUGCGAUUGCGAGUUUUCGCAUGUGUGUAGUUGA